AUGAAUAGAAUAGAAGAAAGACCAUAUGUUUCUAAAAUAGAAACCAAGAACACAUUCACAGACAAAACCAUGGGGGUAUUUGGCAUUGUUAAUGCUAUUGUAUUUUUCUCGUUUUGUCUCUCUAGCUCUAAUUUUGCGGGGAGUCUUGUCUCCACAGCAUUUCAAACAUAUGUUUGGGGCACGCCCUGUGCAGUGCUUUUGUCCUUGGCACUUGGGUUCUUCUUGGUUUCUGUGGGCUGCACGCUGCUUUACUACCUGUUUCCAAAGGUCAUGGCGUACACCAAUGCGGGCUUUAUGCUGGGUGCCUCCUUGUUUUUUGUAUACACGUCUUUCACUGAAAGACCAAUGAUUCCUGGGAAUGUUUUUAUAGGAUUGCUUCUAGUCGCUGUGUCAGUAGUGUUUUUAAUUUGCAUAGUAAGAAACAUUGAAUUUGUAAAGGCGAUGAUUCGCGUGUCUUCGCAUGUGAUAGUGUCCAACCUGAAAUGCAUGCUUUUUGUGUAUGUUUCUUUCAUGGCAUUCUUUGUGGUUUUCGCUUGUAUACAGGUUGUCUGCGUGGCUUUUGGUGAUAUGUUUGGUGACCUGAGCUUAAGACUCUUUGAUGCAUCUACCAUCUUCAAGAUCGUGUACAUGCUGCUGUUCAACCUAGUCUUUUUGAUGACUGUCUUUAACGCCUUCUCGGUCUUCUAUGGCAAGAUGACGCACAUGCACAUGCUUAAGAAGGCGUGCAAUGACAAGCGCUCCGUUAUGGUUGAGAGCCUCAAAAGAACAUGCAGAUCCUUUGGAACUAUUUUCAUUGCAGGCUUGCUUGCAGGGAUUGUUCUUGCGCUGGAGCAGUGUAAUGAUGCAGCACAAAGGCGAGCAUUUAGGAGAAAUCAAGACGGCUAUAUGUUGAUUGUACUUUCCAUUGUUUCUGUUGUCAUUUCGCUGAUCCUUCACAUUCUGCACAUUACUAUCAAAGAGAUAAACAGAUACUGCAUGGCGUACAAUGCACUUUUCGGAACAAGCUACACAAAGUCCAUGAAAAAUGCGUUUGCCGAUGUGAUGUCAAAGAAAAACACCAAGCUCCCGUACUUGGUCAAUUUCAUGGCAAGUUCUCCCGCUAUCCUAAUCAUGAAUGCGAUUGUCUUUAAAGCGAUCGGAUCUAUCGAUAUGUUCCACACCGGAAUCAUAAAGAAAUACCCUACAGGCCAUGACAACUUCUGGGCCCUCGCUAUCGGUAUGUGCAUUUCCCAGUCUAUAAUUUACAGCAUGAUUAGUCAAAGCGUGCUGACUGCUAUAGAGACCAUAAUAUACACCGAUCCUGGUCUUAUUGAAAAAGCAUACCCAGCUAACUCGAAAGAACUUUCCAUGCUCUCAACACAGGCCUAA